AUGGAAUGCGAAGUCUGCGUCAUCGGCUUAGGCGUGUCGUCACUGCCUCUGCUGAAGCUCUUGCAGCAGUCAUGCACCGACUACCGCGUCGUCAGUGGCACGGCCUUUGGCAUAUGGGACAAGAUGAUCAAUGCGGGUGAGAAUUUCGACAUGGUGACGACGAUCGAGUCCACGAACUACAGCUGGUGGGACUACGACUAUGACUUUCCUUUCUACACGGCAAAGAAACUCG